GGAGCUGAGAUCAGUGAUUGGUGAUGAGCGCUGGGCCAAUUGGAGGAGUUGUUGUUAGGUGGUCCAGGAGAACCGGUCGGGGAGGCAGGAAGGCGGCAAGAUGGUGUUGGAAAGCACUAUGGUCUGCGUGGACAACAGCGAGUAUAUGCGGAACGGGGACUUCCUACCCACCCGGCUACAGGCCCAGCAGGAUGCAGUCAACAUAGUCUGUCACUCCAAGACCCGUAGCAACCCUGAGAACAACGUGGGCCUCAUCACACUGGCCAAUGACUGUGAAGUGCUGACCACACUCACCCCUGACACCGGCCGCAUCCUGUCUAAGCUCCACACUGUCCAACCCAAAGGCAAGAUCACCUUCUGCACUGGCAUCCGCGUGGCCCAUCUGGCCCUGAAGCACCGACAGGGCAAGAAUCACAAGAUGCGAAUCAUUGCCUUUGUGGGAAGCCCCGUGGAGGACAAUGAGAAGGAUCUGGUGAAACUGGCUAAACGCCUCAAGAAGGAGAAAGUAAAUGUUGACAUUAUCAAUUUUGGGGAAGAGGAGGUGAACACAGAAAAGCUGACCGCCUUUGUAAACACGCUGAAUGGCAAAGAUGGAACCGGUUCUCAUCUGGUGACAGUGCCUCCUGGGCCCAGCUUGGCUGAUGCCCUCAUCAGUUCUCCAAUUCUGGCUGGGGAAGGCGGUGCCAUGCUGGGUCUUGGUGCCAGUGACUUUGAAUUUGGAGUGGAUCCCAGUGCUGAUCCUGAGCUGGCCUUGGCCCUUCGUGUUUCUAUGGAAGAGCAGCGGCAGCGGCAGGAGGAGGAGGCGCGGCGGGCAGCUGCCGCCUCUGCCGCUGAGGCCGGAAUUGCUACGACUGGGACUGAAGGUGAAAGAGACUCGGACGAUGCCCUGCUGAAGAUGACCAUCAGCCAGCAGGAGUUUGGCCGCACGGGGCUCCCCGACCUAAGUAGUAUGACCGAGGAAGAGCAGAUUGCAUAUGCCAUGCAGAUGUCCCUCCAGGGCGCAGAAUUUGGCCAGGCAGAAUCAGCUGACAUUGAUGCCAGUUCAGCCAUGGACACAUCUGAGCCCGCCAAGGUGUUGGUUAUAAAGAUAUUGGUCACUUUGGCUUUCCUGGGCUUGCGUGUAGUUCCCCAGCAAAAUCAUGUUCUGGCGAAGUCUACCCAUCAAGUCACGAUGGGACCUGUGUCCCAGUCUCUGGUUCUCUGCAUACCAACUGGGUGACUUCAGUGUUCAUGAGGAUGACUCAGCCAACACCUUGGCCUCUUCCAAUUCAGAGAUGAUCAUCACAGUUCAUAAUCUUUUGUACUCAACGGCACCACCUUAAGAAAUGCUCCCUGCUGGAGUCAAAUACUCACUUGGCCCAUGGACCUCUCUCUUUUCAGAUCUCCCACAUUAAUACUCCAUGUAUGCUUUUCAACAGUACUGUGAAAAAAUGUGUGUACUCUGGGCAAUUCCACUUCAGGAACUUACUCUAAAUAAUCGGUGAUGUGCCAAAGACAUGUACAAGGGUGAUGAAAAAAUGAAAACAACGUAAUAUCCAACAAUUACGUUACAUUAUUAUGGAAUAAUACACUAUCAAUAAAUUUAUUUUGGAAGAACA